CCGGGCCCCUCAGGCCGAGUGGAACCCCCAACUCCGCUGGUGGCUCUUCGUGUGGUCGGUCACACGGAGAACCUUUUUGCAGCGUCCGCUGUGUGCCCUGUACUAGGGUAACCGGGGACGCGCGAGGCAACCCUUGCCAGCGAGCUGGAGAGCCACCGUGCUGUCAGAGAUGAGCCCCAGGGAAGGCACCAGAAUGAAGGGUGCUGGGGGAAGACUGAGGGAAACGGGGUGGGGGGGCAGGGCGGAAGUUGUAGGGGAGAUGCCCUUUGGCAGGGCAUCUCCACAGUUGGCUUCUCUUUACGUCACAGAGAGUCUGUGUUACAUAGCAGGGCAGCAGGACCUCAUAGGAUCAGAGAUUGAGAUUUAGCAGGGGCUCGCACCGCGCUCCCUGAGUCAUAUUUAUAGGAGGACGGGAGCAUACACUUAAUAGUUUAUAGAUUAUGGAUCCAAGCUUAUUAAAAGAGCGGGAGCUGUUCAAGAAACGAGCCCUCUCCAAUCCGUCUGUAGAAAAACGUCCAACACUUUCUGAGUCAACAUCAUCAUCAAAGAAGAAGAAAGCUAAGCUUGAGCAGGGAGGGUCAUCAGGCUCAAAACAAAAUUCAGAUCACAGUAAUGGAUCAUUUAACUUCAAAGCACUCUCUGGAGGCUCCGGUUACAAAUUUGGAGUUCUUGCAAAGAUUGUAAAUUACAUGAAGACCCGACACCAACGAGGUGAUACACAUCCCCUGACUUUAGAAGAAAUUUUGGAUGAAACCCAGCAUUUGGAUAUAGGGCUCAAGCAGAAACAAUGGCUGAUGUCUGAGGCAUUAGUCAACAACCCCAAAAUUGAAGUAGUAGAUGGGAAAUAUGCCUUCAAGCCCAAGUACAACCUGAAAGAUAAAAAGGCAUUGCUUCGGCUCCUAGACAAGCAUGACCAGAGAGGCUUAGGGGGAAUCCUCCUAGAAGACAUCGAGGAGGGGCUGCCCAAUGCCCAGAAAGCCAUCAAGGCUUUAGGGGACCAGAUCAUCUUUGUCACUCGUCCUGAUAAGAAGAAGAUACUUUUCUUCAAUGAUAAGAGCUGUCAGUUCACAGUGGAUGAAGAAUUUCAAAAACUUUGGAGGAGCAUCACUGUGGAUUCAAUGGAUGAGGAGAAGAUUGAAGAGUAUCUGAAGCGACAGGGUAUUUCUUCUAUGCAGGAGUCUGGACCAAAGAAAGUGGCUCCCAUUCAGCGGAGGAAGAAGCCGGUCUCCCAGAAGAAGCGAAGGUUCAAGACUCACAACGAGCACUUGGCUGGGGUCUUGAAGGAUUACUCUGACAUUGCUCCUGGCAAGCAAUGAAGGUUUCCUUCUGACCAGCUACAUUCAGGAUGUCGACUGAACAUGCUCAGGCUGGUGUCAACUGGAGGGUGGCCCCCCUCCCCUGACCUUGGAGAGGAAACAGCUCAGUUUACAAAACAGGUGUGAGGUGCCAGCCCCCUCCGAGCUUGCUUUGAUUGACUGACUGUGAGGUAAUUCCCUCAGAUUCCUUCACCUUGAGAAAGGCGGGCCUGCUGGCAUCAUCGUCAUUUGAUGUUUAACUAACUGCUUCUGCUCAUGGUUCCAUUUUCUCCUUUUGUUUUGCAAGUUUGCAGUUAGAAUCGAAUGCAAUAUGUGUUUCUUUUCAGAGAUGCUAUUUAUAAUAAAAUCAUUGUAGAAACA